GCCCCUCCGCCGCCUCGCCUGCCGCGCCGUCGUCUCAUUCAUGGACCUCGCCGGCCCGCUGCUGUUCCGCCUGGGGUACAGCCUGUACACCCGCACGCGGCUGGGCUACCUCUUCUAUCAGCGGCAGGUGAGGAAGGCCCGGGAGCGGUACCCACACGGCCACUCUGUGUCCCAGCCAUGCUGCUUCCCUGGGGUGAAAAUCCUGCCUAUUCCCGUGCUUUCCAACAACUACAGCUACCUGGUCAUUGACACCAGCUCUGGCCAUGCGGCCGCCAUCGACCCCUCUGACCCGCUGGCUGUGCAGGCUGCCAUUGAAAAAGAGGGGGUGAUGCUGGAGGCCAUAUUCUGCACCCACAAACACUGGGACCACAGCGGGGGGAACGCAGAGCUCUGCCAGCAGCACAGCUCCUGCAAGGUGUACGGCAGCGCCCUCGAUUCCAUCCCAGACCUCACCAACCCACUUACAGACAGGGAGAAGGUGAGCGUGGGCUGCCUGACCUUCCAGGCGCUUGCCACGCCUGGCCACACUGUGGGCCACAUGGUGUACGUGCUGGACGGGGAGCCCUUCGGUGGCCCCCCCUGCCUCUUCUCCGGGGACCUCCUCUUCCUCUCUGGCUGUGGCAGGCUGUUUGAGGGCUCUGCUGAGACCAUGCUCGCCUCCCUGGACUUGGCCAUGGGCUUGGGCGAGGACACACUGCUGUGGCCAGGCCACGAGUAUGCACUGGAGUGCCUGACCUUUGCCAGCCUCCUGGAGCUGGACAACCCUGCGCUGGACCAGAAGUGGCAGUGGGUGAUGCAGCAGCGCCAGGAGAAGAGGAUCACGUGCCCCUCCACGCUGGGGGAGGAGCAGACCUACAACCCCUUCCUGCGGACCCAUCGGCCAGAGCUGCACGCAGCGCUGGGGCUGCGGCAAGGCGCAGGGGAGCACCCCAAUGCCUUCCGUGCCCGCGUCCUCAAGGAGGUGCGGCGGCGCAAGGACCUCUACAAAGCCCCCUAAUCACCGCCUGCCUGGGUCCCCUUUCCAUGGGCUGGGUGCUGCUCUGGCACAGGGAGCCCGGGCCCAUGUGGUUUGUUUUGCUGUGAAUCUCCUUCCUGGGGUGCAGUGUUUGCAGGGGUGUGGGGAAAGAGUGGGCACCCCAUAAGUGAUCCCUGCCUUUGUUCCCCCAGACUUGGGGGUCACCAGCUGUUACACAAAAGCACCUUGAUACCCUUUGUGGGGGUCUGUAGCCCCCCACCCCACUGCUGGGGCUGUAGCAAUGGCACCAAGGGCUUUUCCUAACCCUGCCCUAACUUUUUGGGAGCCCCCAGUUCCUCCCCCAGCACUCAGCCUCCCCCUGGCAGCUCCACUGCUGUGGAUCUCCUCUGGGGGGGCUGGGAUGGAGCCAGCAAGGUGGGCAGCCCAGUACUACCUCCAGGCAAGGGGCUCUUCUCCAGCACCCCCUGUUUGGGGCCAUGGGGCCAAACUGGGUGAUGGAGGGGGGAUUAUUGCUGUACUGGGGUCUAGAGUGUGUC